GGCCGCUGCACUGCAUCAAGCGCGCCCCCAGCCUUAGGAUUCCCCCAUUCAGUCGUCUGAUCUCACUACCUUACGAGCCCUAUGAUAUCAUAUCCUAUCAGUAGGGCGCAAUCAGGCUCCUUGUCAGAUCUCUCUGUCAUGAGGUACGGUACUCAAUCAGCAUCAGGUGGGACCCGAGUCUGUCCGGUGAACGACUGGCGUAUGUGUCCUUCAGUCUCCUGACCUCUCCAACAUGGGGUCUACAAGAGGAUUUGUCGGACCCUUGCGAAAUGUCACUCAAUGCCCGCUUACUCGAAUACGCACGACGAUGACUCUUUUCUUCCUGCGCUGCCUAUUGCCAUCGCCAAAAGCACUGCCAAGUGUCUUCUUAUGGCGACUGUGGCUGAUUCGGCGGGCAAACCCGGAACGAUGAACUGGCCAAGCUCUGCUCUUAUGCUCCAGUGACAGAACUCGGCAUCCAUCGUGAAGCGAGAAAUGACAGGGUGUAAACACUGCAUAAAUAUCAUGGCAGUCCAAUCCACGAUACAUCGUACUGUCAGGUCCUCGAAUGAACAUCGCCCCACCAGUAAUAGCACCAGUUCUAUCCAUGGGCACUCAGGUCGCCCCUAUAAAAUUCGCUGCGGCGGCAGCGCUAGCUUUCUCUACCAUCAUCACAGUCAAACAUAUCUUACAAGUCUACACGAGAAUCUCUGCCGCCCCGCGACGGAGCAUCACAGAAGUCGACGUUAAUCCCGCGUCCUUCCUACAAUCCGUUACCGUGACCCAGCAUGUCAACCCAGAUGGUCAUCCGGCGCUACAUGACUGUCGUCACAUGGACGUGUCGAUCCCGGAACAUGCCAGAGAUCUGACCGAUCAAGUUUUUCUUGCGGCUUUCGUCCGGGGUUUCUUUGGCGGAAAGGUCUUUGCCCCUGAGCGGGCCGUCCUAAAGAUUGCCAAGCUCGACCUUUUGAACUAUCCCAAUCUCAAGAGAAACGCCUCCAUAUCGCCGGUGUGGCAUGUCAACCAACUAGCCGGUGACGAGCUGCCGCCCGUGACCACAAUCCUCUUCGGCGCCUUCCAGAUAAGUGAUAGUCAAAUCCUCCGCCCAGGGGAUAUGUCCACUCAUCCAGUGGAGUCGGAGAGCAGUGUUGACUUCGUGUUCGGCUCAAGUCAGGGGAACUUCUGCGGCACCCAUCAGUUCAGUAUCCUCAGAACCAAGGGACACCCUGAAAGAGCCCGUGUCAGAUACGCACACGUCAGCUGCAACCCGAACGGUGGCAAGCUCCCAAUGCCUGACUUCAUGGCCCCUCUGCACAACCUCUAUGCCAUGCUGCUCUUCAGGGAGGCUGUUGGAGAGGUCAAGCGACGAUUGGAGUUUCAGGAUCAGAGGUGAACAGCCGACAAGGCGACCUUAUCAUCAAAGGCUUGAGCCAGCGCGCUAUGAGGAGCAUUAUUCCGUAAAUACAUUCACAAAGACAAGUUUCUUCGCUCUUCUUCUCUCUUAAUUUAUCCCACAACUCCAGGAGACGGAACUCUGAUUGACCACCCAACUUGAAGGCGAGGAUGAAGAUACAACCGUAACGCUUCUUGCAGAUUAAAUACUCGGCUGGCAAUUGUGUUUGGCCAGAACUAGCCAUCAGGUGGGGGCCGACAGCGCUCUGUUGUUCUGUAUACUUCAAGAGACAUGACUCUUGUCCGCGUAUCCAAGUACAACCCACAAAGCCAAUUUAAAUCGCAUCAUAUGAAUAACCUCAUGUUUGAUUUUCAAGCCAAAGACUUGGGUCUGGGCUCCAAUCUAGCCCAAGUUGUCUGAUCGCGAGUUGAUGUCUGCGGCAGCUGCAGAGUGCUUCUAGUCGCACACAUUUGUUACGGCCUGGACGCCGAACUAUCGGACCUAUUUACUUAACUCAAAACAUCGCAUGCGAUUUCAUCCUUGAAUUGCAUGUUCAUAGGGGGGAAAUAUAACAGCUUAUGUGAGG